UCCUAUUCACUUCUUCUGGCUCCCUAACUAAUGGCGGCGGCGAUGGGUUAGCCUCCUGUCGUCCGUUCGCCCAUGAAAUGAAAUUAAACCUCUCGAAUCUCUCCCGUUACAGAUUUCUUCGGACCCGCGAAUCUCUCGUUGUCCAGACUCAAGCCAUGGCCAAUGACCCGGAUCCGUCUCAGGAUCUCGACGACCUCCUCUGCUCGGAGCAGCAGCAGCAACGGGAGGUGGACGGUACGCCGGUGGAAUUGGGUUCUCCGGGUCGGGUCUUGGCCGGAGAGAACCGGGUGGAUCGAGCUUGGGCUCACUGGAAGAAACUGGGCCGACCGAAGUUCAUCGUUGCGCCGAUGGUAGACAACUCGGAGCUACCGUUUCGGAUGCUCUGUCGGAAGUACGGAGCCACGGCGGCGUAUACUCCGAUGUUGCAUUCGAGGAUUUUCAGCGAGAACGAGAAGUGUCGGAAUCAGGAAUUCACCACCUGCAUGGAGGACAGGCCAUUGUUUGUGCAGUUCUGUGCUAAUGAUCCUGAUAUACUAUUGGAAGCUGCAAGGAGAGUUGAGCCUUUCUGUGAUUAUGUUGAUAUCAAUUUAGGGUGUCCACAGCGUAUUGCCAGAAGGGGAAACUACGGUGCAUUCCUGAUGGAUGAUCUUCCGCUCGUGAAAUCACUUGUCGAGAAAUUAGCUCAGAAUCUUGAUGUGCCCGUCUCCUGCAAAAUCCGAAUCUUUCCAAACCUUCAGGACACUCUCAGCUACGCCAAGAUGUUAGAAGAGGCCGGCUGCUCGUUACUCGCCGUGCACGGCAGGACGAGAGAUCAGAAGGACGGGAAGAAGUUCCGGGCAGAUUGGGAAGCCAUCAAGGCAGUGAAGAACGCUCUGAAGAUCCCGGUUCUCGCGAAUGGAAACGUGCGUAAUCUUGAAGAUGCUGAGAACUGUAUCGCAGAGACGGGAGUGGAAGGUGUCCUUUCGGCCGAGACCCUUCUGGAGAAUCCUGCCCUCUUUGCCGGGUUUAGGACAGUUGAAUGGGUGACCGAUGAGGAAGGGAAGUUUGUGGAUGGGAACUUAGACCAGGGUGAGUUAGCUGUGGAGUAUCUGAAGUUGUGUGAGAAGUAUCCAGUGCCAUGGAGAAUGGUUCGGUCUCAUGUCCAUAAGAUGCUGGGAGAUUGGUUUAAGGUUCAUCCCCAAGUGAGGGAACAGCUUAACGCUCAGAACAAACUCACCUUUGAGUUUCUGUAUGGUCUGGUGGAUCAGCUCAGAGAGCUCGGGGGAAGAGUCCCACUUUACAAGAGGAUAAACACUGAAGAAGCAAUAAUCACUGCCAAAUGAUUAAUGAAUUGGAGGCUGAAAGGUUUUGUUUUGGUCAAAAUCUGAUUUAAAGAUUCUUUUAGGUCCGGAAGCUAAUAAAAGAAUAGGAUCCCCCAUUUAUGUCUCAGCACCUGCGUUCUUCUUCUUCUGAUCCUGUGUUGUAUCACUAUAAAAAAGGUCAUGUGUAUCUCUUUGUUUUUUCAAGAAGAAACUCAAAAGCCAAACUUGAUCA